GCACGACCCACCCGCGCGCCCCAGUUCCACCUCUGCCACCGCCCUGACGCAGUUCCUUCGAGGAGGUGUCUCGCCGCCCCUCCGCCCCUCCUUUCCUUCUGCCGUGCCUGUGCUGCGACGCUCGUGGCUGCCCGCUGAAGCAAAGUCUGGGCAUUUGAGAGAUACACGACACAUAAGGAAGAAGUUCUCUAAGUUCUGCCUUGUGGAGGAACACUGGUCAUCGCUGUGCCUCGGGUUGGGCCUGCCUGCUGGGGCGUGGCACAGCUGCCCUGCACCGCCUCGCCACACAGGAUCGACCUCGCCCUUCCCCCACCAAGCCGACGCGAGCGCGAGUGAUUCCAUCAGUGUCUCCGUGAAGAGAGAGAGAGAGAGAGAGAGAGAGAGAGAGAGAGAGAGAGAGAGAGAGAGAGAGAGAGAGAAAAAAAAGAAAAAUGUACUGUAUCAAUUCAGUGUGAUCUGGACUAGUGGUGGUGACGGUAAAGCCUUGGACGACCCUGUGAACGGGGAGUGAGUGGCGGGGCUCCUUCGUGAUGCCCCUUGGCCACCCUGUCUAACCAUGCCCCGCCGAGGCACCGUCUUCGUCCACGUCCCCCUCAGCCACACUUUCACCAUCCAAGUCGCUGGGGGGACGGCGACCCUUUCUAUGUGUCACAGGCUGGGCGGACGUGCGGGCUGCGGGAGGGGGACGUGGUGGUGAGCGUGGACGGGGCCUCCACCGCCCGCUGGCCCCUCGCCCUCCUGCAGCAGACACUGAGAAGGGCAGCGCGGGACGUGGUAGUGGAGGUGCUCAGGGAGAUGGGAGACAGCGCGGCGUCGGUGGGGGUGCGGGCAGGCGGGACGGAGCUAGGCGCGGCGAGCCUCAAACACCACACCGUCACUAAGGCUGUGCAUGAGACAGAGGAGUUGCCUGUUGUGUCCGAGAAUGGUAAGGUUGAGCCCUGUGUUGAAUCCCCCCAGGGAGCGCCAGCAAGCCCAGCCUCCCCCUCCGCCUCCCCACCCUGUAGUCAGAGCAUGACUCCCGCCGCCACUCCCGACACGGAGGCGCAAACAGUUACGAGCUCCCAGACCAGCCACACCAGCACCUCCUUCGAGUCCGCCGUCAGCAUCCAGAGUACAGGGGGUGUGCUGCAGGGCGCCGUCGAGCCACAAGCUAUUCAGAAUAUCAGUAGCCAAUCUCAAGCCGUCCACUCACAGUCCACCCAGAGCAGCAGCAUCAGCCAGUCUCAUAGCGCCAUCAACGGCCACCAGACCAUCCAGACCAGUACCGCCGUCAGUGGACAGCAAACCUUCCAGUCAAUGCAGAGCGUUAGUCAGACACAGUCCGCCCAAACCGUCGUCCAGUCCCAGGCGGAGGUCGGCAUCAGCAGUGGCCAGCCUCUGUCUGUCCUGGAGGCUCCCGCAGACCAGCCCCUCUUAGAAGCUCCUUCCGUCGACGAGAACGCCAACUCCAUUCCGGAAAACAUCCCCGCGCAGCCGCAGCCUGAGUCAGUCCUUGAAGCCUCUCCGGUGCAGGAACCAGCUGAAGGGUCCGAGCCAGUUGCUGCACCAGAACCAACUGUGAUCCCAGAACCAGAAGCAGCACCAGAGCCAGCGCCAACCACGGUGCCAGAGCCAGUAGCUGCAGCACCAGAGCCAUUGCCUGCAGCACCAGAGCCAGUCGUUGAACCUGAACCAGCUGUGGUAGAAGAACCAAGUGCAGCUCCAGAGCCAGCCAUGAGUUCAGAAGAAGCUGUAGCUCAACAACCAACCGUAUUACCGGAAGCGCCAGUUUCAGAGACAGUGGUUGACGUGCAAGAGUCUGCUCCACCUCCUGAACCAGAACCAGCAGUAGCAGCAGAGGAGACCCUGGCACCAGACCCACAACCUGUACAGGAAGAAAUCGCCGAGGAGGCCCUACCUGCUGCCGCCCCUGAGCCCGUCCCAGCGGUUGAGCCGGAACCAAGUGUCGUGACCACUACCAGCGGCGGCGGCGGCGGUCCAGCGGUGGAGGAAAUCAGCCAGGAGCACAUCAAGGAACAGCUGCACGAAAUCAUUACCGAGAUAGAGCAGCAAGUCCUUCCAGAACAGGAGCAGGAGCAACAGCAGCAGCAGCAGGAGGUACAGCAAGGAGUUGGUGAUGGUGGUGUAGCUCAGACACUCACUAAGCCGCCUGAGGAGGCACAGCCGGUGGUGGGGGAGGCUGGCCGGCCCCUGGAGGGUGAAGAGGUUAAAUAUGAAUACUACGAUGAGGAUGGCGUCUUGCACCACACCUGGAGACCCAAGGGGAAGUACGAGGUGCCCAAGACAGUCAUUCAGUAUGAGGACGUGGUACCCAUCCCUGUGCCCGACGUCACCAUUUCACUAAAGGCCCAGGCUCCCCAACCCGCCCCUCCCCCGCCGCAGCCCGAGCCGCCCAAGCCAGAGCCGCAGCCCACGGUGGAGACGCACCAGGAGCCCUCAAGCCUCACCAAUGGAGCUGUCUCCCCCAUCGAGAUUCCUGAAGGCAUCCCGCUGCUGGCUCGCAUCCUUCCCAAGGAUCACGAGGAUGGCGAGAAGAAGAUCAGCCUGGAGCGGCUCUUCACCCCCGCCACGGACUCCGGCGACCUCACCCCUAAGAGAAGUCCGUCUAAAAAGGCCUUCGCGUCCUCGUCCUUCUACCGCCCCGACCACCCGACCAUCGACGACCAGGUGGAGUUGGCGCAGCGGAUCUCCUUCUCGCUGGUGGAUGAAAACAACAAGAUGAGCCGCGGCCAGUCCAUGUACAUGAAGCGCAAGAAGAGGUCCAUGCGCUGGAUACACGCAGGAGGAGCUCACGACGAGGACGCCGCAGGUUCAGCUGAGGGCGGCGAAGGGCCGGAGGAAGACCUUCUUCUCAAGCAGCCUCCAAUGACCCAGCGCCCCGCCUCCGUGCCCACCGUCCAGCAGGUGGACACCAAAAAACCACCGAUGAAGCUCCUGAUGAGUCCCAAGGGUGUGCAGGACUUCCACGCCGUACAGGAGCACUACCAGACGCUCAUGGAACAGGCAGUCCCCACCAGCCCCGAGGUCGGCAAGAUUGUGGCGGAGGUGCAGAGUCCCACAGGCAAAGGUGCUGAGCUCUUUGCCAAACGAAAGAAGAGGAUGGACAAGUUCAUCGUGGACGAGACGACGGUGCAGAAGGCGCAGACCACCACCAGGGCACAGCAGCAGCAGCAGCCGCAGUCCAUUGUCACCGAUGACCUGGCCGUAAAGAAGUCCGCGGUCGAGGAGAGGAACCGACAGCAGCAGCAGAUAAUGGGACCACUAUUCAAGCCAGUGAGCAGCGAGCGGCCCGAGCUGGCUAACACCGUGGUCGAGCGGGCAGACACCAAGCUUGCUGAGGCGUCGUGGCUGGAGCCCCCGAAGCCAAUGCCGCUGUUGACUCCUCAGGUGACCCCUCAGAUGGCCCCCGCGCCUGCAGCUGCUCCGUCAGGCUCGUUCACCCUUCCAGACCUGACAAAGAUCUUGACCCAACCUUCUAAGCCCAAAUCCUCCGAGCCCACAUUAGAGCCUAACAAGCCUAAGCCAGUCCCUCCCAAGCCUAAAGCCUGGCACUCGGUGAACCGCGCGGGCAGCGAUGACAGCCCGACUCCGGCCCUUCGGGGAGGCAGCCAGCGCACCCCAGCUUCACCUGCCCUCACCUCCGCCACCUGCUCGCCCAAACCUCUUCCUCUUCCUCCUCCUCCUCCUCGUACUUACUCCCCGCCUCAGCCCUUCUCCUCUGUCUUGAAACCUUCAUGCAAAGUAAAUAAGAGCCAGGCCGUCACUCAUUCUGAUGACAGCAGGAGUGUCGUGUCCCCAAAAUCAGCUGUAAGUGCUGCAGGUCCCCCCGUAGCGCCCCGUCCUGCCUCGGCAUCCACUACUGCCUCAGGGGCUCCAGGACAUUUCCCGGCACGCCCCGUCGCCUUCCCCAAGCCAGUGCCAGCCACAACUUCUCCUGGCAUGAAGAAUUUCGUAGUUCAGUCCUCUAAAGCUUCUGUAGAAACGUUAUUACUAGAUGGAACUAAAUUUCAUAGCACAUCCUGGAGUAAUCCUUCUCUGACGCCUUCCUCUGCCUCUCCAGAUCCUAAACAUAUCGAUGGCUCUUCCUCUCCGGCAUCCAAUGCUUUGGCCUCUGUUUCUGUUGCCGAGCGUGGUGGUGGUGCUUUCAAAACAUCUCUUACAUCAGGGUCUGUGAGACCAAACUCGGUGCCAGCAUACCUUCCUGCUUCCCCUUCUCCCCCACUGCCCCCUCCUCGCCCAACGCCCUCCAUCAACACACCACCCCCGGUCCUUCCCCGUAAGAGUUGCGCCAAGGAGCAAGUUGAGCUCAAACCCGGAACACCUCCUCUUUACGUGUUUCCUGACGGGAGCGAGGCGUCUUACUUGAACGAGAACGCAAUGAACCACCACACCGAGAGCUGCAUCCUGGAGGCUCCCCGGGAGGGCUGCCUCCCCACUGCUGGUGGCAAGAACUCGUCGGCAGCCAUCGAAAUUCUCACUCAUGAUUGCGCCAUUGCCUCGAGCCACCUCCGAAAAAACACAGAGGUUAGCAGGCACACUGAGAGCACAGCACACAAAACUCGUAUUGAUACUCUCAGCACACAGCACUCUGAAAGCACCGGCACUAGCACUGAUCGCCUCGAAAGCCAUGUACAAAACAGCACCAUAAGUGGUAUCCACAGCAGCAGCAGCAGCAGCAGGCCAGCACGACCCACUUCUCUUCCUCUCAUAUCACUGUCAUCACUUGUAAAUAGCACCAGCCUUGCUUCCCCCACUUCGCUUCCCUGCAAUCCUGCCACUAGUCCGUUACUUUCUGCAGCUUACCCUGGUGCACGCAGCUUCUCCAAUGUUGCUUUACUUCAAAACCCUUUUGGUAGUGACAUUUCUCUUCCGUGUGUAGUGUCUGCCGCCCCUUGUGUCAUGUCGCAGGUAGGUGGCGCUUCUGUCCAAACUCCCGCCUCUCCCCUGCCGGGUCCUCUCCCUGACCUUUCGUCGACUCCUCCAAGCCAGGUACCAGCUUCCUCGAGUCCCACUUCCCGGAGCACUGAUGCGCCAAACCCUCUGGAGAAUGAACACAAACUCCCUCCAACAAAGAUGAACACCCAGAAAGUUCAUACAGAAAGGUCUCCGGAAUCACAGCCAGACGGCCAGAUACUCCACCCAGAGGCAGCUCCCGUCAGCCUCGCCAGUGGAUCAUUUCAUGCUACUCAAGACAAAGAAAUCGAGUUGCUGGUCGCAGCCGCAGAAGAAAGCACUAGCAGAGUAGAUAAGAGUACCACUAAUAAGACUGACAGUGCUUCGGCUCGGCUUCACGAGGUUUAUAGAACGAAUGCACAGCCUGUCCUCGACAACAAUCAGAACGAGGCUUCGCUCUUCAGCUUCUCCCUCGGCAUUCCACUAAUCGAGAUAUCGAACGAACCCAGAAAGCCGUCUCUCGAGGAAGAGGAAUUGCGAAAAUACAUGGAGGAAAUAAAGUCGACCUUCCAGAAUGCACCGACACUGAUCGACACCAUCGACGUACAAGAUUUGAAGCCGCCAGAAUAUUACCGCAGUGUGUCGCGGGACAGCAUGGACCAAGAACUUAAUGACGCACACGCCACAGCCGCUCCUGAUCCUGUGGCGAAGACCUCCGGAGACAUCUUAGGUGGAGAAAGUGACUUGACCCACGCUGACACACAGCAUGAGGACAAUCCUGUGUCUGACAUGUCUGAAGAAAAGGCGUUUCAGAAGCCUUGUGCCGGCUCCUCAGACACAGCUGACAAAAACACGAGUCACUCCGAAAAGGAAAUGGGAUCGUGUAACGCUAAUGUUGGCCAGCCUGAAGCUUUGAUUGAGGACGCUGGUUAUGGUGGAGACGACGCGCACUCCGAAAAGGAAGAGGAGAAAGACGAGGAAGGGAGAGGCCAGGCGGAUGGGGAGUCGCGGCCGCGUUAUGGCUUCCGAAACUGCAUGGUGUUUACUAGAAGGUGUUAUUCACCUACUAACGAGUCACCCUCACCACCGCUCUCCCCGCCGCCUACCAGCACCAACCCUCCCACUCCCUCCGCAGGCCCGGCAGCCAUCUACUCCGCCGAGGUGAAGGUGGUAAUGCGCUCCUCCCAGCCUCCCACCCCAGCCACGGACGUGCCUCGGGCCAUGUUCAGCCCCGUGGACGCCACCAACAAGCGUAACUCUGCCAGCUUCAACAUGGCGGCCAAGGGCUGGGGCACCUACAACAACUUCUACUCACCGAUAACCUUCGCUACGUAAAGGCGUCGGGCAGCAUGGCCGUCGAAGUGGUCUUGAAAGUCAAUCGGCCUGAGAGACGCGACGGAGGAAGUCGCCGUCCGUCCCAGGCCGGCGCCGCUGUUACCGCCGGAUGUGUUGUAUAUUUUCGUCUUCGAUGCUCCAAACAUCAUUACACAAGAGUUUGCGAGUUACAUAACAUUACUUUCAAGUGCAACGGAUUUGUUGCCAAACUGUUAGCUUUAAAUAUUAUGCUUUAAUUCUGGCACACAAUUUCAUCAGUGAGGCGUUACUUUUGAGUUAUAUAUUCUGUGUUCUUUUGAUUCUCCUUUCCUUCGUGUAGUUGAGCCGACUUACUGUGGCGCGGCGCCUGAGCUAAGGCCCGCCAGUCUUUCUGUCAACAUUUUCGUCUUCCUUUAAUGCAUUUCAUGUACUCAUUAGUACUCUGAAGGGAGCGACUCUUUGUGAUGAACAUCUUUCUUCACGUACCUCUUAUUUCCUAUCCCUAGUUCGGACCUCUUGGUCGCGCUGUGAGGAAGGGUGCCAAGCUUGGUGACGAAAGGGUAUCUUGGACCGGAACUCUCCCCUUCCCCUCGACGAUUCAUUGUUGUUCAUAUUCGUGGCCUCACACCCUCCUUCCCCUCAAGGCGCUGCCUGAACUCCUCCUUGGCUAUUUGCGAAUCAAAAUAGUGAGAAGGAAGGUCUGGCGUGGCGGCGAGGCCGGGAAGAUGGUGGCGAGAGCGUUAGGGCAGCCAGGGAAUGUUUCAGCCUUUGUGUGGUCGUGCCAGCGGGGUCUUCGUCGUCCAGUCCUGCGCGCGUGUGUCAUCUUGCCAUCAGAGUCUCUCCUCAUCACAUACUGGUUUAGCUUCAUCUCAUUAGCCGUCAACACGCUGCCUCGGAAGUGAGUUUCUCGUCAAGAGGCAGCGUAGAGAGUCAAGGCGCUGCGCUGUCCCCCGCAGGGUUGGCCGACUUGUGGGCGGGCAUGGGCUGUGCCUCGGCUCCCAUGCACCGCCCGCGCCCUGCUCUCACCACACUGCCUUCUGCCAUGUAUCUUGUGGAAAUAAUAUAUAGAGAUAUAUAAUUAUGUAUAA